GCGCGUGGCGCGGGGGGGCGGGGCCAAGGCCCGGCCUUAAAGGGGCCGCGCGCCCCUCACGGGGCUGAGCGGGAGCGGCGGCGGCGGCGGCGGGAAGCCAUGGCAGAGACCAUCCUGGUGACGGGCGGCGCCGGCUACAUCGGCAGCCACUGCGUGCUGGAGCUGCUGCAGGCGGGCUACGUCCCCGUGGUCAUCGACAACUUCCACAACGCCAUCCGAGGCUCCGAGGAGCUCCCCGAGAGCCUCCGGCGGGUGCAGGAGAUCGCGCAGCGGCCCGUGCUCUUCCAGGAGCUCGACAUCACGGACCAGGCGGCGCUCCGGGAGCUCUUCAGGAAGCACCGUUUCUCGGCCGUGAUGCACUUUGCGGGGCUCAAGGCCGUGGGGGAGUCGGUGCAGAAGCCUCUGGAAUAUUACAGAGUGAACCUCACCGGGACCAUCGGGCUGCUGGAGACCAUGAAGGCUCACGGCGUGAGGAACAUCGUGUUCAGCAGCUCGGCCACCGUCUACGGGGACCCCAAGUACCUCCCCCUGGACGAGAAGCACCCGGUCGGGGGCUGCACCAACCCCUACGGCAAAUCCAAGUUCUUCAUCGAGGAGAUGAUCCGGGAUCUCUGCAGGGCAGAGAGGGACUGGAACGCCGUCCUGCUGCGCUACUUCAACCCCAUCGGCGCCCACGAGUCGGGGAUGAUCGGGGAGGACCCUCAGGGCAUCCCCAACAACCUCAUGCCCUACGUGGCUCAGGUGGCAGUGGGACGCCGGGAAUUCCUGAGCGUCUUUGGGAACGACUACAAGACGGACGAUGGAACGGGAGUCAGGGAUUACAUCCACGUGGUGGACCUGGCCAAGGGCCACAUCGCUGCUCUGAAGAAGCUCAAGGAGAACUGCGGCUGCAAGAUCUACAACCUGGGCACAGGCACCGGCUACUCCGUGCUGCAGAUGGUCCGUGCUAUGGAGAAAGCCUCGGGGAGGGAGAUCAAGUACCGGAUCACAGCCCGGCGGGAGGGGGACGUGGCCUCCUGCUACGCUGACCCCGCGCUGGCCGAGCGGGAGCUGGGCUGGAAAGCUGCCUUUGGCCUGGACAAGAUGUGUGAGGACCUGUGGCGGUGGCAGCUGCAGAACCCCACGGGCUUCAGCAAGAACUGAGCUGUGGCCACGGGCUGGCCGAGCCCGGGGCUGCUCUGAGCCAGCCCUGCCUCCUUCCCCGAGGGCUGUCACCAUCCUGGGAGGGCACUUCCAGCUCCCCCUCCUGCCUCUGGCACGGGGCAGGAAGGCUUGGAGCAUCCUCAGCCUCCUCCCUCCUCAUCCUCAUUCCCCAGGUCCUUGCAUCUCACAGAGCAGAACCAGGACGAACAGAGACCAGAGCCAGGGCCUGGUUUGGCACCCCGGGCAUGGAACCCCUGUGGGAAUGCCCAGGGGCUGCAGCCAGCCCGGGCUGGGAGCUGCUGGGCCCUCCCUGUGCCCUGGGCACCCAGCAGUGGGGAGCAGAGUCCUGCUGAGCCCAAACUGCAGCAGAGCCACUGUUCCCUCCUGCCCCACGUGCCCCAAGGCCCCUCUGCCCCGGCCCUGGCACAGAGAAGGCACCGGGAACCUCCCACAGGGACCAGUCACAUUCCAAGGCUUCCUCCCCUCCCUCUUUUCCCUACCCAGCAUGGUUUUGGGGACCAAAUCUCAUCUUCCCUCUCCUGCUGAGCUGGAGAAGCCCCUGCCCAGGGCUGUGCCAGCCUGGCCUGGCUGCCCACAGCCACUCCCCAGAGCCCGUGGCCAAAGGCUGCCCAGGAGCCAGCUCUGCUCCUGUCCCACACUGCUCCUAUUUAUUCCUGGCAGCUCCCAGGGCAGGGAUGACGCAGCCGGCCCCGUCUGCUGUCAGCUGGAUGAAUAACUUAAGCUCCUAAAUUAUGAAUUGAGCUUUUGAUUUGUUUUUAAAAUAAACUUUCCUACUUUUUAAG